GUUAUAAAUUUCGAAGUAUGGUACUCGUGACAAAAUGGAGGCAGCACCUACACCCUGUGGUUCCACAACUGCGGUUACCUGUUUUCUUAACCUCGAAGUAACGCAUGAACGGUGCGCGUGGACAAAAAAUUAGGUAAUCAAAAUUGUCCGUUAAAGAAAGGAAAUGAGCGAUGCCGAACUUCAGGAAGAGGAAAGAGAAGUACUUCUUUCGAUAUACGAUGGAGAUCCAGCUUUUAAACAGCUGACACCUACUACCUUUCAAUACAAGUUUGGAGAAGAUAACAAUAUGAAAUCAUUUCUAUUGGAAAUAUCAUGGGGUCCGACGUAUCCUUCGGAGAGGCCCGUUAUUAAUAUGAACACAUUUUACAACAAGGAUAUUGUGCAAGAAGUAAAAGACAAAGUGGUGAAACUUGUGGAGGCAGAGGCAGAUCAAUGGUUAGGAAGCGCCAUGACAUAUACAUUGUUUCAAUGUGUCCAAGAACAUUACGUAGAACUAAUAUCUACACAACCAGACUCUAUUACCGAAGUAAAUUCUCAUACUAGCCAGCUUAAAUUAACAGAAGAAAAGCAACAGUCUGAAGAAACAACAAAGAAACCGAAGAAGGAACAUCUAAGUAAAGCCCAGAAGCGUAGACAGUGGAAUAAAGCAGAUGGAAAGGGUGAAAGACCACGAGGGUGGGACUGGGUGGAUAUAGUAAAACACUUAUCACAGACUGGCCCUAAACAAGAACAAGAGUCUUAGUUCAACUACUCUGACAAAUUUUAUACAGCCUCAACGGACCUGGUGCUGCGUAAGCGCUGCCCUGGUCGCUCCACCGGCAACACCGACAAUUGAUUUCAUUGCUGUUGAAAUGCACAAUAUUACAAGAGAAUAUGAGGAGAAAUAAGGUAAGAGUAAUUCUAUUCCCAUUGCUAAAUCGUUAAGAAUGUCGGCAAAAAGUCUCCAUUUUUUACACUGUCCAUCUAAAUCUGUCCUAAUGAAGCAAAAACAAACUUUGUUUUCACAUAAAUUAUGUAGAACUAUC